AUGAAUUUGGAUUCGGGUUUACAGAUUGUGGCUACAUUCCUGUAUCCGCCAUGUCCAGAGCCGGAAGUAGCAAUAGGCUUACCUCCUCACUCAGAUCAUGGCCUCUUGACCCUUCUUAUCCACACUGGGAUACGUGACGUUCAGGUGCAGCAUAAAGGGAAUAGGGUCAACGUAUAUGCCAAUCCCAAUGCAUUUGUGGUUAACAUCGACGAUCACAUGAAGAUAUUGAGUAACGACAAGUACAAGAGUGCUUUCCAUCGGGCACUUGUGAAUGGAACUGAUGCAAAAAUAUCGAUACCUAUAUUGUUUGGACAAGAACUGGAAAUGGUUGUUAGCCCAGCAUCAGAGUUGGUUGACAAUGAAACCAAUCCACCAUCAUUCGCGGUAAUGAAGUGUAGGGAAUACUUGGAAAUGCUUCAAGCCAAAAUCAGUGCCAAAUUAUCGCAUAGAAAUUGA